GUAAUUAUCCUCUCCCUCUUAAAAUACAGGUCUUUCCCUCUCACACAGAGACUCUGCCGCUUUGCUUCAUCCAGAUAAGAGAGGAGAGGGGAGAGAGAGGUGAGAGGGGAUUCCGUUCCGGUGGCUCCGGCAGUGCGCCGCCGCUUCAUUUCCGUCAUGAGUUUGGUGAAUUAAGGGGGCGAUUUGAAAGGAAUUAAGCAUAUUCUGCUGUACAUGUACAUCUUGCUUAAAAUAAUUUCCCUUUCUGAUUUCUUCGAAUUCCGUAUCAUUUUCGUACAUCGCAGCGCUCAGCCCCACCCCUCUGUCAAACUGUGGCGGACGACAGACGAACCCUAGCGGUCGUCUUUUCUUCCUUCAAUUCUACUUGGUUGUUGGGCGCUUUGAAUUUCAAAUCGAAAAGGAAGACGAGGAGGAGAGGGGUCUUCGCAGCGAGGAAGAUGCUUUGGGUGAUGAAAUUCUCCUGGUUCGUCUCUGCUGCAAUGGUGAUGAUUGUUCUAUCCCCGUCGCUGCAAUCCUUUCCUCCGGCCGAAGCCAUUAGGUCCUCUACUCUCGAUUCCUAUCUCCGAUUUCAAGGACAGAUUGCCGGCGGCGGUGCACUUGACCGAUUCUCUUUCCGGAAAUCGCCAUUGUUUCGUAAUGCCGGUGGAUGCAAAUCCGUGUUGGGGGAAACCUAUGUUUGCGAUCCGUCUCUAGUUCACGUCGCCAUUACUCUGGACACGGAGUAUCUCAGAGGUUCAAUCGCGGCGGUGCAUUCGAUUCUACAGCAUUCAAGGUGUCCGGAGAGUGUGUUCUUCCACUUCAUGGUCUCGGAGACUAAUCUGGAGAGCCUCGUGAGAUCCACUUUUCCUCAGUUGAAGUUCAAGGUGUAUUACUUCGACCCGGAGAGAGUCCGGAGUCUCAUCUCCACUUCCGUCCGGCAAGCGCUGGAGGUUCCUCUCAACUAUGCCCGGAAUUACUUGGCCGACAUGCUGGAGCCGUGUGUGCGCAGAGUCAUCUACUUGGAUUCUGAUUUGGUUGUCGUUGACGAUAUCUCAAAGCUAUGGAGUACGAAUUUGGGGGAGAAGACUAUUGGAGCUCCAGAGUACUGCCACGCUAAUUUCACCAAGUACUUCACCUCCAAUUUCUGGUCUGACCGGAAAUUGUACGGUACAUUCGCCGGACGGGACCCUUGCUACUUCAACACCGGCGUUAUGGUCAUAGAUCUGGCGAAAUGGAGGCGGAUAGGGUACACGAAGCAUAUAGAGAGGUGGAUGGAGAUCCAGAAGACGACCAGGAUCUAUGAAUUAGGGUCUCUACCACCGUUCCUGUUAGUGUUCGCCGGAGAUGUGGCCGCAAUUGAUCACAGGUGGAACCAGCACGGUUUGGGCGGCGACAACGUGAGGGGAAGCUGCCGGAACCUCCACCCAGGUCCGGUGAGUCUCCUCCACUGGAGCGGCAGUGGCAAGCCGUGGCUGAGACUGGAUUCGAGGAAGCCAUGCCCGCUGGACUCUUUAUGGGCACCUUACGAUCUUUAUGGACAUUCAACCUGAACUGUUCAUUGUUCAUCCUUUGUCUCGCCGGUAAAUUCAUGUCCACUCUAAUUUUGGCUUCUUUUUUUUGGAUUUCACGGAUCGCCCACGUCGUAAUUUCUCCAUUUAAUUUUUUGUCAGAGUUUUUUUAUAAAAAAAUUCCGAAUUUCUUUUCUUCUUUCCCUGGAAAUUUAUUUUGUUAUGGAUCAACAUAUAGCGCCAUUAUUAUCAUCACAUGUUGUGUUCAUCAGAGGACAUUUGUAUUCUAUUCGCUGCUCUGAUCUCUGAAAUAAAAAAGGUGGAAUUCAUUUCAUUU